GAACUGGAGAGUUCUCUUUCGAAAAGUCAUUUUGACUUUCUUUCUUUCUUUUUGUAUUUUUGUCUUUCUUUCGAGCAGGCAUAUAGUCAUUCAGACAAAGCCGGUCCUUUGUCUGAAAGGAAAGGGCAGACGAAGUUUGACGAGUACUUAUAUACUGCCACGACUAAACCACGACCAUCCAGAUGACUAGUAUGCAAAAAGGUGUGUUUCAAGAUCAACCUGCUCUACGUUCUUCACCCCCAUUUCCAUCACCAGGUUCUUCGUUUAUUCCACCUCCAACACCUGGACCACAUGAAUUCGCUCGUCCAGGUAAUAGGAAACAAUCAAAGAAAGAUUUUGAAGACCUUACUACCGCUGCCAAUGGCCUCAAUGGCGGUCAGGCCACACCAAACGGCGCGGUAAGUCCCCAACGAGCGUCUCUGGCUUUCUUCCGCUCCUUCCUUCCACGCUUUAUCAUUUCCAUGCUGAACGUUCCUCGCUCUCUCUUCCACCUACUCUCCUUCCAGGAAUCAACUCCAACAAAAGAAUCCCCAAAUACAUCUUUUCUAGAUCCUUCUCCUCAUCGACUACUCGACUCCCACGAUGCGGAAGACCACAGCCACCGCCUUAGCACCCAAUCCGUCACUUCUCUUACUUCCUCCCGCCCCGCCCCACCCUCACCAGCAAUAUCCCGUCGUGCAUCAGGUCUAUCCCGUACUUCCUCAAAAUCCCGCUCUCGCCCAGUCUCAGAUGCCAAUUCUCGCUCGCAACGUCCUGUAUCCGGCGCACUCUCCCCCGGCGCAGUUCUCUCUCGCACACCCAGUGGACGUCGUACCAAAGAUAUCCUCGGCAUGUCAGCAGUAUCAGAGAGUAAAGGCAAAGAACCAGAAUCAGCACCCACCGAAACCAAAGUCCUUAUUAAAAUCCGCGACUAUGCGUUUGCGCCUUCAGAUCCGCGGUUCUCAGGUGAAGGGCCGAAUGUACCUCGUUCAAAUCGUCCCAAAGUCCUUGCCCGCCGCUUACGCGGGUCGUCCUCGUCGACGUCCUCUUUGACUUCCACGUCGUCGACGGAAGAGGAAGACGAGCAGUGGGAGGAUGAGAAUGAUAACAAUGGUUGGGGAGGUUUCAAGUGGGGGUUUCAGAAAUUGCAGUCUGGUUGGGGCCUUGGCUCGGGUUCCUCCUCUUCAGAGGACUUUCCUUCGAGAACGGACUUUGCCCGUAACUUUGGCGACGGUAGUGGGGAUGAUGAGAGUGAGGUGUACGAGGAACCGGAUGAAUUCCCUCAGAACCAAGACGAUGAUGAGGAGAUGGAGGGAGAGCCCAUGUUACACCCUGGCCUUUACCGUGCACUGUAUUCCUUCGAGCCAGAAGGAACUGCGGAGAUGAAGCUUGAUGAAGACCAGAUCGUCCGUGUCGUCGGACGGGGCGGUGGAGUUGGUUGGGCCGUAGUUGUGAGAGAGGACACUGGUUCGCAUGCCCUCGUACCGGAAAGUUAUCUAGAAAUCGUCAAACUCGAUGGGGACGAUCAAGACUGAGAGUUCGUGCAGGCGCGGGCCAAGUGGUUUGUAUCUUUUAUCCAUCCUGGUUCUUGCGAUCACUUUCUUACGCUUACUAUUUCUCUUGUAUGUG